AUGGAUGUCGCUCUCGAGUUUCUCGAUCCUCUCGUUCUGGAUAAGGCCUAUGCCUGGCUACUGCCCUCCAAUCCUCUCCUCACCGACUCGACGUCGCAAUGGCCGCGCGACAACAUCUAUCGCCAGAUCAUCUCGAUUCUCCUUAUCACGCAACUCGGCGCAACCUCCCUCUACCUCUUCUUUAGCGCUCUGUCCUAUUACUUCAUCUUUGACAGACGACUUGAGUACCAUCCGCGCUUCUUACAGAAUCAAAUUCGCCAGGAGAUCAUAUCGUCGCUUACCGCCGUUCCCUUCAUCAACAUUUUGACACUGCCCUGGUUCCUGGCUGAGGUCCGUGGCAAAAGCUUGCUGUACGCUUCAGUGAGCCACUAUGGCUGGCCAUGGCUGGUGGUUUCGGCGCUGCUGUACAUGGCGUUCAACGACAUCGCUAUCUACUGGAUUCAUCGGCUAGAGCACCACCCCAGCGUGUACAAGUACAUUCACAAGCCACAUCACAAAUGGAUCGUCCCCACACCCUGGGCUGCACUGGCCUUCCACCCGCUCGAUGGAUAUGUGCAGUCUCUACCGUAUCACGCAUUCGUCUUCAUCUGCCCCAUGCAGCGAUACCUAUACCUAGUCCUCUUCGUCGCGGUCCAGAUCUGGACCAUUCUCAUUCACGACGGCGACAUGAUUACUGGCCAUUGGACGGAGAAAUUCAUCAACAGCCCCGCGCAUCACACACUGCACCACAUGUACUUCACCGUUAACUACGGACAAUACUUCACCUGGGCUGAUACCUAUUUUGGCUCGCACCGGGCCCCAGAGCCUGCACUGGACCCACUCCACGACGCCCUCAAGGUGAUGCGCGCGAAGGGGCUUGUGGAUGAGCAGGGUAACCCCAUCCAAAAGCCUAAGGCCGAGUAG